AUGCCGUGUGAGGGGUCCAGGCGAAUGUGUCCUACACUCUAUCAUUCUAGUAUCUGUCUCCAGCCUCCUUCCACUAGCCGGCUUCUGUAUACUUCUGUACUGUAUCCUGAAAACUAUAGCGGAAAGUGGAAAAGUUUCUCGGCCAAGACACAUUUUGGGAUAGCAGAGCCUACGGAGCAUUCGACAGCCUCAGGCACCAAUACAUAUGACGGAGCCUUGAACAAUAAGGUCCAGAGCAACUAUAUAGAAUUAAUUAAGAGUAUAUAUACAUCUAGAAGGCCAGUAUUAAACUAUAAUCAACAGGAGAAUCAUUUCCUAUUAAAAAGGGCGUACGCCAAGGCAAUCCUCUCUCCCCUGACGCUAUUUAACGCCGUACUUGAGUACUUCUUUAGACAGCUAAACUGGGACCACUUAGGUCUGAACAUUAAUGGAGCUCGCCUAAACCACCUAAGAUUUGCCGAUGAUCUGGUGCUUCGUGAAGAGAACCCAGCAGCAAAAGAACAAAUUAUGCAGAGCCUAGCAAAUAUAAGUAGAGAAGUUGGCCUAGAAAUCAAUGCCAGUAAAACAAAAUUGAUGUCAAACUCAAGGGAAAUAGACGUUAUGGUAGAUGGCAACAAGAUCGAAUAUGUCAAAGAAUAUAUUUACCUAGGACAAAUAAUUUCCCGUUCAGAUGAAACGACAAAGGAAAUAAACAGACGAAUAGCCCAAGGAUGGAGAAAAUACUGGUCACUGAAGGAAAUAACGUCCAAAAAUGGAGAUGGGCUGGACAUUUGCUACGCCACCCCAUUAACAAAUGGAGCCACUCUCUGGCAACCAAGAGACGGCAAAAGAGGUAGGGGUCGUCAAGUCAGGAGAUGGGAAGAUGACUUGAAACUGGCAGCGGGACCAUUCUGGUUGAGAGUAGCAAGGGACAGGAUCCACUGGAAGGAAUUGGAAGAGGCCUAUGCCAAAAGGCACACCGAACUUAGGGAUCUCUUGUAA